AUGGAUGAUGGAUCGACGAAUCUCUUUCAGCAGCAUCUCGACGAAGUUUUGCUACAUUCCGACAAAAUGGACUAUCCAUCGAAGAUUCGAGUGAUCGCAAUCUUGGAGCAAAUGAUGAUGGAUGUAGGUGAUGAGAAAGGGAUGAUGUCGGAUGUUUAUCGGGAUUUGUUGAUCGAAUGUCCCCAAUUACAAGAUGUGGCCAAGAAGAAGGCCCUUCUCGACUCUCCAUGUGCUCUCAAAUGGUUCAAGAAGUACAUCGAAGAUAUCACGGAGAUGGCCAUGGAUGUCCCUGCCACCCGAGAAGUUGAAACGGAGAAAGCAAAUCCUUUGAGAGAAACACUCACUGAUGAGCUCGACUCGAUGAUCCAAAUAAGCGAUUUCAACAACUACAUCUUUCUAUUCCUUUUACUCGCAAUAUUGGCCUUCUUUCUAUUAAGAUUUUGGGCGAGAAGAGCACCGAAAACCAAAUACAUCACCCCAUCGAGUCGAUCGGCUGCAAUUGGAAAAAAGGCUAAAGAGACAAAGCCAGUAUCACCUCCACGGAAAUCUCCAACUCCACCGCCAACAAGCACCGGUGCCCAGGACAAAUCCAUGGUCUGGAUAGACAAGACACGCUGUCAAAGGAAUCAAAACAAUCUCACCAACAACCAACCGAACUCUUCAUUGCCAUCGUAUCAUGCCUCAGCAACAGCAAUGGAUCCAUGCGGGACGACUUCUCGACGUCCCGGACCUCCCCGACCAGGGCGCUCUCAACCUGCUAUCAAGGAUGUGGUGCCGACUCGGCAAUAUUUCAAGAAUUUCAAGGACAGAGCCGGAAAGUUUUGGUUAGUCGUGGCUCGGCUUAAUCUCUACUACUGCAAGCAAACAUUGACAAAGACACAGCAACGUCAUGAGGUUAGCCGGCGAGGUGCUACAACAUCGGCACUAGCGGUUGAUCGGAAUCGGACGCCGAAUUGUCGUGUCUUGCCGAUGGUGGUCAUCUUGUCUCAAUCCAUGAUGCAUAUGGCUAAAGAGACAAAGCCAGUAUCACCUCCACGGAAAUCUCCAACUCCACCGCCAACAAGCACCGGUGCCCAGGACAAAUCCAUGGUCUGGAUAGACAAGACACGCUGUCAAAGGAAUCAAAACAAUCUCACCAACAACCAACCGAACUCUUCAUUGCCAUCGUAUCAUGCCUCAGCAACAGCAAUGGAUCCAUGGUUAGCUUCUAGAAAGCCAAAAAGCCACCCACGACAUGUCGACAAGCCGUGUCCCUUGCCGGAAACUGACAACUCUUCGGAUGUGGUGCCGACUCGGCAAUACUUCAAGGACUUCAAGGACAGAGCCGGAAAGUUUUGGAAAGCCGAGGCUCGAGAACGAAAAGCGAAAAAUUACUCGAUACGCCAUCUGUUCUACAGAGCAAAUAUGGCAAAAGCGACAAUUAUUUUAGCUUUAGAAAUAAUAAUCACAAGUAAAUCCGAUGAAUGGUCGCAAUUCAUUCGAAUCGCCACGAUUGUGGCCACAGCUGUUUGCUCACAGGUUUACCUCUCAAAAGGAACCACUUCAAUGGAAUAUUCAGUCAUUCGAAAUAUCGACAUUUCUUUUAAUUCAACGUGGAGCCGUUUUGGAUUCAUUUUAGCUCCAUUGAUGUUUCGAAUGCAUCAAUCUAAAGCUCUUCCAUUCAUUUCUAUGGCCAUUAUAUCGCUUAUCGAUGCUGCUGGAUUUCAGUUGAAUUUACCGGAAGCAAAAAAGGAAGAAGGAAAACCGAUGCAGGAUACUCUACCGGAAAAAGCGAAUAAAAGAAAUGAGAUACCGGUUUCACAAUCUUUCGUAAUCCAUUCCUUUUGGUUACUCGAUGAGCCAUGCUUUGCCGCUGUGAUACAUGAGCCGACUGUUCCAUUUCCCGAUCCUGAAUCAAGAGUUCUUCUGACAGAGGCUACAAAAGACGGUUUCCGAUAUCUGCGCAACGUGGCCCCGUGCAGUCCGCAAUGUCGGACAAAGAAUCCGAUCGCGAACUUGGAAACGUGUUGUCGGCAACACAACGCCGGCAGUUUUGGAUUUUGCACAGCGAAUGCGCAAGCGAUUUGUGCGAUAAUGGAUGUAACAUGGUCGGCCAAUGGGGCAGUUUUUGGCUGUGUGCUUCAAGGCGAUUGUGAUGGA